UGUCAUUGUGUUUCAGAGCAGUAUGGCAGCCUCCGUCAGCGAUGCGUGUAAACAGUCUGUCAAACGUGCACCGUUGAACACUACGAGUUUUCAAAAGAAGACGAGGAACAAGUUAUUAAGCAUACCUGGUACAAGACUCUCGGUGCAAAACGGACAGCUUCUAGUUUCGACCGGUGUCACGUCCCUCGACUAUCUGCUCGGUGGUGGUCUGGCAGUUGGAACAGUGCUCCUCAUAGAGGAGGACCGAUAUGAUAGCUACUCCCGUAUGAUCCUAAAAUACUUCCUGGCAGAAGGAGUAGUGUGUCAACAUCAACUCUUCCUAGCGGCGGCUCAAGAUCACCCAAAUGACAUCUUCCAGGAGCUUCCUGAUCCCAUUUUAGAUGAUGUUGUCAUGCACAAACCAGUUGACCCGCCAAGACUGUCUUGUGACCCUCAGGAUAGUUUUGAUGCCAUGAAGAUUGCCUGGCGUUAUCAGAAUCUUCCAAAAGUACAGAGUGGUCUUGCAUCCUCAUCUCGGUUUGGCCAUUACUAUGACGUUUCCAAGACAAUGGAGCCAGAAAUGCGCCAGGCAUCCAAGUGCCACCACUUCUACCAUUCAGAGCAUCCCAGUCAACCAUCGGCCACACACAGUCCAGUGCUUGAGCCCUAUGCUGCGUUGCUGAAAUCCAUUGAAGAGGUCAUAAACGGGGAGGGCUUCAGUGUGGCAGCCCCCAUGACACAGUCUCGGAAUAUCCUGCGUAUCGGGCUCCACUCACUGGGAUCACCUCUGUGGGGUGAUGACCUGUGUUUUCAGGACAAGCCAAAACACAGCCACGCCCUCACUACCUUUCUCUAUGGGCUGCGGGCUUUGUUGAGGUCAUCACUGGCAGUCGCGGUAGUUACUGUGCCUUCACAUCUCAUUCAGAACAGCUCUCUAAUGGGCAGCAUAACCAGGUUAUGUGACAAUGCCAUAGCCUUGGAAUCAUUCAAAGGCUCUGAGAGGGAGACCAGCCCACUCUACAAAGAUUACCAUGGUCUGCUACACGUACGCCAGGUGCCUCAGCUCAACUGUCUUACAAGUCAACUGCCUGACCACAAGGACUUGGCCUUCAAGCUCAAGAGGAAACAGUUCAGCAUCGAGCGACUACAUUUGCCUCCCGACUUAUCUGAGACAGUGAGUCGUGUGAGCAGGGGGGAACUGGCAGGAGCAGCCGCGGGGGGUUCUGCCUGUGGCUCUGCCAACAAGCACCUGGAUUUCUAGAGCUGGAGUGGCUACCAAGGUUAUUUUAGUUUACAAACACUAACAAAAUAAACUGAAAAAACAUUUUUAUUGAUGAAACAAAAUAAACAAUGAAAAUGCUUUUUAUAAAAACAACAAAAAAAUUUCAAAAUAAGCUCAAAAUGAAAUAUAAAUAAAACUAAAAUGAGGAUUCCAAAACUAUUAUAAUCCUGGUGGCUACUUGGCAAGCAACACCUGCAAUGCGGUGGUGACCAGGUUGUUCUCCCACCCACGUUCUGCCAUGCCGCGCUGGACGUCUGCUGCCAAGGUGUUUGGGAUCUGCCAGUUGUCCCUGGCGCCAGCCAACAACGCCAUAAUUACCUCCAUUCAUAUGGACAUGUUUCACUUCAUUUCAUAAUUUUGUUCUGUGUGUUUAUUGACAAUAAAAGCCAACAUCAGGUACAUGUUA